GAGGCUGAUUUGGUGUUGGGAGGGGAUGAGGGCAAGGAGUGUACAUACUCAAAGGGUUACAUGAAAAGGCAGGCGAUUUUCUCAUGCCUAACUUGCGCCCCAGCUGGUAAUACUGGGGUUUGCACUGCUUGCAGCCUUUCCUGCCAUGAUGGCCAUGAGGUUGUGGAGCUGUGGACCAAGAGAAAGUUCAGAUGUGACUGCGGAAAUUCAAAGUUUGGGGAGCUCUUCUGCAAACUUUGUCCAAGUAAAGACCCUGAAAAUGUUGACAACUCAUAUAACAAGAACUUUACAGGUUCUUAUUGCAUAUGUGGCCGCCCUUACCCUGAUCCAAAUGCUGAAGAGCAGGUUGAGAUGAUACAAUGCUGUAUCUGUGAAGAUUGGUUUCAUGAGAACCACCUUGGCCUCAACUCUAUUGAAGAGAUACCUAGAGAUGAGGAGGGAGAACCAACAUAUGAAGAGUUCAUCUGCCAAGAUUGUGCACUUAGUUUCUCGUUCUUAAAACUUUAUCCUUCAUCUAUCUGGGCUACCUUGAGGCAGAAGAAUCCAGUGAUAAGCACAGAUGAAGUAAGUUUGAAGCAACAUGACUCGUCAAUGCAAACACAUUUUGAAACUGAAAAUGGCAAUGGUGCUGAGUGUAUGAUGGAAUGUUUGAGUAAGCAUGCUCAAUCUAAGGUUGUGGCCACUGAAGAUUCCUUACAUGGAGAAAAUACAAGUGGUUUGAGUUCAGAAAAGGCUUCUGACAUAGCUCCUUGUUCUGAAAGCAUUCUUGGCCUAACAACUGAUAUAGUUCCUAGUUCUGAAAACAUUCUUGGCCGGACACCUGUUAUAGCUCCUAGUUCUGAAAGCAUUCUUGGCCAAACACCUGAUGUAGCUCCUAGUUCUGAAAGCUUCCUUGGCCAAACCCCUGAUAUAGAUCCUAGUUCUGAAAGCAUCCUUGGCCAAACACCUGAUAUAGCUCCUAGUUCUGAAAGUUUCCUUGGCCAAACCCCUGAUAUAGCUCCUAGUUCUGAAAGCAUUCUUGGCCAAACAUCUGAUAUAGCUUGUAGUUCUGAAUGCAUUCUAGGCAAGGCAAACUGAUAUAUUCCAAGUUCUGAAUGUAUUCUUGGUGAACCACCUGCGCUAGCUGCAACUUCUGACUGCAUUCUUGGCACCGACAUAAAUACCAUAUCCAUUGACAUGGGGGAGAGGAAACCUUUGUUUCUUUCCAAGAAAUGGAGAGAUCUUCUCUGCAGAUGUAAAACUUGUUCUGAUUUCUAUAAGCAGAAGGAUAUUAACUAUAUAAUUGACAGUGAGGAUUCACUUGAAGAAUAUGAGAAAAUGGCAAAGCAGAAGAGGGAGGAGAAUUUACAGAAUCAGGAAGGAGCUGAAUUAAACUUUCUUGAUAAAUUGGGUCAUGUUCAAAAGAUUGAACUCUUGAGUGGCAUUGCUGACAUGAAGAACGAACUCCGGUCCUUCAUGGAAUCCUUUGACUCAUCUAAACCAGUCACAUCAGCAGACAUACAAGGAGUCUUUGAAAAUCUGGCCAAGAAGAAGAAGCAAAGGCUAGAAUAAGUUAAAUCAAAAUUUGCAAAUCUUUUCCUUCAGAAAACUCAAUGCAUCUAACUUCUGUUGAAAUCUGGUGGAGAGCAAGACCAUGCUUGUUUGUACAUUUAAUUAGGGUAAAGUUUGCCUGCAUAAACAUGUUUGAAUGUUCUGGAUUAUCUAUUUCAAAUAGUUGAUAUCAGAUAUAUCAAGACUUUGCCGUGAUACUGAUGACUAUAUAAUUUUAAGUCGUGUGUUUGUAAGACUAAGCUUGAAUCAACAGCAUUCUGUAUCAUGUAAAAUGGUUUAAAUUAUCAUCUAAUAUCUGCCCAUAUUAAUUUCAACUA